AUGGCCGACUCUCCCGUCACUCUGCGGACUCGCAAGUUCAUCCGCAACCCUCUGCUUGCCCGCAAGCAGAUGGUCGUGGACGUCCUCCACCCCAACCGCCCCAACGUCUCCAAGGACGAGCUCCGCGAGAAGCUGGCCGACCUGUACAAGUCCAACAAGGACCAGGUCUCCGUCUUCGGUUUCCGCACACAGUACGGUGGUGGUAAGAGCACCGGCUUCGCUCUGGUCUACGACUCCUCCGAGGCCCUCAAGAAGUUCGAGCCCCACUACCGUCUCGUCCGUAUCGGUGCCGCCAGCAAGAUCGAGAAGGCUUCCCGCCAGCAGCGCAAGCAACGGAAGAACCGUUCCAAGAAGUUCCGCGGUAUCGCCAAGGUCAAGGGCCCCAAGAAGAACAAGGAUUAA